AUGUCGGAUACAUGCCCGACUGCAUUCCAAUCAUUCUUAAAAUGGAAACUCGGUGUUCAAAGUCCAUCAUUAGCAUACGCAGCCAAAGACAUGGCCAGAACUGUCCUUUUUGCAGUAAACAUACCUUAUCCACUGUUAAAAGCUCGGCAUGGCAUCUUAGUAAAGUCGGGAACCACCUUUUCUGAAUUGAGUAGAGACAACAAUAUCGACAACAACAGUAUAAACAUCGAACAGUGCUCGUUUGUUGAUUUAUUCGAGUAUGCAAUACCUGGCAAUUCAGUUGCAAUUAGUCCAGAAGGUCUAGAAUAAACAAGGGAAUUUCUACACUUGCUGGAAGAGUCUCUGGAGAAUAUGCAAAGCUUAAGGGAAGAAAGCGACAAGAAUUAGAUUCCAAGAGCAAGUUAUUUCAUAUUUACACUGGAGAAACGGUCUCUGUUGCAGAUAUUAAGAAGGAAAAUAGCAAUAUGAGAGAUGAAUUGCAGGAGUGGAAAAAGACCUGUAAAGAUCUAGAAAAUGAUAUUCAUACUCUUUAUGAGGAGAUUGAAAUAACAAUGCAAGAAAAGGUUAAAGAAAUCUCAAAUCUCUACUCCAUAAAUGAAGAACUUAAGAGUUAUAUUGAUUCCUUGAAAACAUCCCAAAAUUCCUUAUAUAAUGGAAAACAUGUUUCAGAAGUAAAAAAAAAAUCAAGAACCUUGAAAACAUUUCUUUCUCGUGCACAGACUGCCUUGUGGUUCUCCAGAUCAUUUGGCUUGGAGAUAGAAAGCAUUAAAGUGAGUGAAACCGAGACUGGCAUUAACCACAAUAUAAAGGUUGAGAAGUGCAAAGACACAAUCUGUCCCACAAUUGCCAUGGAUUUGAUGCUCUCUCAGAUGACGAGAAGUCUAAAGCAGAGAAGAUAUUGUUUCUGCUCGAUAAAUUUUGUGUUGGAGACUACUUUUACCAUGAAUUGACUAUGAUGUGUGAUGAUUUACCCAGAUCAUAUUUAGUAAAGCAGAAGAGAGAUCAGUUGAACAAACUUUGUCAUAUCACUUCUACUCCAGGUGAAGAAGAAGGUGCCCAAGUAUCAUUCAAAGAUUUGUUGACACAGAGGAUCAGGGAACAUGUUACAUACAACACAUCCUACUGUAAUGAGCAACAAUGAGCCUGUUCAAGUCAAAAUUUCUGGGGAUGGGGCUCGCAUGACCAGAAAUUCAAAUUUUAUUUUACUAAGUUUUGCUUUGUUACAAGAUACCGAUGAUGUAAUGGCUGCCAAAGGAAAUCAUACCAUAGGAGUUGUUAAUGGCAAAGAGGAUUAUGAAUCAUUGGAAAGAUGCUUUAAAGAUAUAUUUACAGAUAUCAAUGAACUAGUCUUAGAUAAGAAAAUAGAUGUGGACGGGCAAACAAUCAAUUUGGAAUUCUUUUUAGGGGGGGAUUACAAAUUUAUUCUUCUCCUUCUGGGACUUAGUGGUGCUACAUCAAACUAUGCGUGCUCUUGGUGCAAGGUACACAAGGAUGAAAGAUGGAAUAUGAAGUACGACCUUGAAUACUACAGCUCUUCAAAGUUGAAAAGAACUUUGGAAGAUCUUAAAAAGUCAGCAACCAAGAGUUCGAAAGAAAGUUAUUGCUCUGUGAGAAAACCACUACUGAAUAUAGAACUGGACCAUGUGAUUCCAGAUGAAUUACACUUACUUUUAAGAAUUAUGGAUGUAUUGAUUAACAAUUUG